AAAUUAUACACAGAGACAAUAUCUAGUGGAUACUAUAAUAAAUAGCUACGUAUUUGAGUAGUUUUUGUACACAGAUACUUAUAUAAACUAAAGGUCACCAAAGGUUAUCAUAAACAGAAACAGAACAAAUAUAUUAUUUCUACUCUCUCUUCAAAUUUCAUGUUACAAUGAAUUGUCAAAUUGUUCUAGUAUUUUUUGUGACAAUAUGGAAUUUCUCGAAUUCUUGGCGAAUUUUUCAUCGAGGGAGAUCUGUAGGGGGUAACAUAGGACAACCACCAGAGACGAGUGCUCCUAAUGUUCCCGAAAAAUGGUUUAUACAGAAUUUAGACCAUUUUAACCCCUCAGAUACUAGAACAUGGAGACAGAGAUACUUUGUAAAUGAUAGUUUCUUUGAAUCAAACGGUGAUGGUCCAGUUUUUCUGAUGAUUGGUGGUGAGGGCGAAGCCUCCAAAGAAUGGAUGACCCAAGGUGCUUGGAUUGCUUACGCUCAAGCAUUUGGCGCACUUUGUUUCCAGUUGGAACAUAGAUAUUACGGAAAAAGUCAUCCAACUGAGGAUUUGGGCACUUCAAACUUGCUGUAUUUAACAAGUCAACAGGCAUUAGCUGAUUUAGCAAACUUUAUCACUUCUAUGAACGAUCAUUAUAAUCUUACCUCAAAAAAUAAAUGGAUAGCUUUCGGUGGUUCGUAUCCUGGAUCCUUAGCAGCUUGGCUACGUUUAAAGUAUCCUCACCUCGUUAAAGGGGCGAUGUCAGCAAGCGGUCCCCUUUUAGCAAAAGUUGACUUUCAGGAAUAUUUUCAAGUGGUUGACGAUUCUCUGGCAACUUAUAGUGAUCAAUGCGUGAGAGCAGUUAAAGAAGGAACUUACGAAGUAAACACAUUAUUAAGGCAUAGAAUUGGGCAACUAAAUGUUAACAAUAAGUUCAAAUUGUGCGAUCCCGUUGAAAAAUCUAUUGAUAACAAAAAUGACAUAUCAAAUUUGUUUGAAACAUUAGCAGGUAAUUUUGCUGGUGUUGUUCAAUAUAAUAAAGACAACAGACUAAGCAAAAAUAAAACCGGGCCUAAUAUAACUAUUGAUACCGUGUGUGCUAUUAUGGUGAACGAUUCUGUAGGGCCACCUGUUGAUAGAUUGGCAGCGGUUAAUGAAUUAAUCUUAAGAACAUCUAACCAAUCUUGUCUCGAUUACAAAUACGAUAAAAUGGUCCAGCAAAUGAGAAAUGUAUCCUGGGAUAGUGAAGUAUCUGAAGGAGGACGUCAGUGGACAUACCAAACUUGUACUGAAUUCGGCUUCUUCCAAUCGUCUUCUUACCGUCCUCAAAUAUUUGGUGAUCAAUUUCCAGUGGAUUUUUUUAUCCAGCAAUGCGUUGAUAUUUUCGGUCCCGAAUACAAAUCUUCAUUUUUAAAUUACGCCGUUAAUAGAACCAAUAUGCUGUACGGAGCUUUGGACAUUGACGUGACCAAUGUUGUCUUCGUUCAUGGGUCAAUUGACCCAUGGCAUGCUCUGGGAAUCACCGAGACCAAGAAGAAAGCUGCCCCUGCUAUUUAUAUUAAAGGCACUGCCCAUUGUGCAAAUAUGUACCCACCAUCUAAAAAUGACUUACCUCAAUUAGCUGCAGCAAGAAGGCAAAUUUACCAUUACAUUGAGUCCUUCAUUUAUAGCAAUAAUUAAAAAAAUCUUUUAUAAUAAUAAAAAUGUAUCAUCUGUGUAGUAAAAUAGAAUUGUAAUUUUAGUCAAUCUUAUGUUAUUUUAACUGAAAUAUACACGUACCUACCAAAUA